GGUCGCAAAAAUCUUGUUUUUUUUUUAAAGAAUCAGGCGUUGUGAAUUGUGUUUCACGCGCGAGCGGUCAAAACAAAGUCGGUAAAAAUAUAUCGCAUUUGAUAUUCGUGCGCAUAUUAAAAAUUUCGUGUUUCCGUUACGGGACGCAGCUUUCGCGGACACACAGACAGACAGACGGAAUACGGCUAUUAUUAAAGAGAUAGUUCUAUUGUUACUUUUUUUUUCUUUCUGUUGUUACAAUUAGUAAUUUAUCUUGUUUUUUUAAAAUUUAGAGUUGGUGUGAACUUGGGUGCUGGGUGAUAGCAAAAGCUUACUGAGAAAACAUUCAAAAAAAUGUCAUCUCUCUUUCAAUAAUAAAUGUUUCAAAAUUUAAUCAAAAUUGUUCACUCUUUGCAGCUGAUGUUGACAUGCAAUAUUAAAACAAGUUUAAAACCUUAAGUUUUGAUGCGUUUUAAAAAUCUUUUCAAAGGAAAACUGCAGUGAAAUACUGUUGUGCCGCCAUUUUAAAAAUAGCAAAGUGUUGCACUUUAGAAAAAAAUUGUUCAAGUUAAUUAACACAGAAUCUCACUUCCAAUCAAAUUCAACGCUUAUUCAGAAUGUCGUUAAUUGGAAUAAUUAAACAAGAGGUUGGCAAUAAUGAUCGUAUUUGUAACGAGUUAGUUAAAAUGUUAACAAACUUGUAUUUGCAAUUUAUUUUCUUUUUUUAAAGGUCAGCGAUCAAUCUAUUUUAUUCUUUCCACGAUAUUGCGUUGACUGAAAGACCAUAGCAGUUCUUGUAGGGUGACUUAAUUGCAACCAGCCAUGCUACAAAAAAAAAUUUUUGCACUUCUUCUUCUUAUCAUUGUAAGCUUGAUUUUGUUCACAUCAAAUUUUUACAAAAACACAACAGUGAUAACUCCUUUUAAUCGCACGCAAGUAAUUUCACUAAUUGUUGGUAGAAAAAACGAAAAAGGAUUCAAUACAAAAUUGGUUCUUUCCUAUUCCAUAUUUGGUAAAGAUUCGGCAAGAAAAUGGGGAUAUCUCAUUGGAAUGGUUGCUAAAGAAGCAAAGGAAAGUAAUUUAUACCAUGACUGGAUAGUUCGAAUUUACCACGAUAAAGCACUUAGCAAAGAAUAUAUCAAAAAUCAUACUUCUAAAUUUGACAAUCUAAAAUUUUUUGAUGUUUCAAAAAUACCAUUGUACGGAGAUAUCACCUCAAUCGAUGGUAGAGUAUGGAGAUUCUUUCCAUUAGCAGAUGACACUGUCGAUAUUGUGUGCGUCAGAGAUCUAGACUCGCCAAUCCUAAAAAGAGAAGAAGAUGCAGUAAGGGAAUGGCUGACAAGUGGUCACAUCAUGCAUGUUAUGCGGGAUCAUGUUCAGCAUGGAACUGUAAUUUUAGGUGGCAUGUGGGGCUUCCUAAAUGCUAUGAAUAGAGGGUUAGGCCGCAAAAUUGUCGAUCGGGUUUUGCAUAAUGCUGCAAAAAGGACUGGAAGUGCAGAAGCUGCCAAAUCUAGCGACCAAACAGUCUUAGCUAGACAUGUUUGGCCAUUAGUGAAAUUGGAUACCUUACAACACGAUGCUUAUCUUUGUAAGAAUUACGAAGGAAGUGUACCGUUUCCAACGAAGAGAUCUGAUGAUUUCACAUUUGUUGGAUGUGUUCGACCUUGCAUUGUAAAUAAAGGGACCCCAUGUGAUGUAAAAUGUCGACCUAAAAAUCAUACGGAUUGGACAUUUUGCUAAGCGCAUCAAUUUUCUAAGGGCUUUCUGUUAUUAAAGGUGUUAAACAUACCGACAGUACGUCUCACAGAAUAAUAAGAAAAAUUUGAGUUUUGAGACGCUUUGUUUUCUAUUUAUUGAGCUAAUGACGAGAUUCAUUUCGACAAGUUGGCAAAUUUUGAAGUUCGCCCCACAAGUGGUUUUUUAGGCGUCUUCCAUAUAAAAUAAAUUGUCAAAGUUUGCAGUGGACUUAGGAUCUUAGGUUAUUUGGUUAGAUU